AUGCAAACUUCUGGUCGGAAAUGCUUACCAGGUGGCUCUUCCAGAGAUCUGUGGCUUGUUACCCGAGAGGGUUCUCCAUCUGAUGUUGAUUUGGCAUUGGCAUUGCUGAAGAAGAGUGGUGGGAACGUCAAUGCUAGGAAUUCAGUUGGCCUCACGCCUCUUCAUAUUGCAACCUGGAGAAAUCACAUUCCCAUUGUCAGAAGGCUACUUGCUGCUGGCGCCGACCCUAAUGCUAGGGAUGGUGAGUCCGGAUGGAGCAGCCUCCAUAGAGCACUUCAUUUUGGUCAUCUGGCAGUUGCUAGCGUGCUUUUCCAGUCUUCUGCUUCUAUCAUAUUGGAGGACUCUAAAUUACGGACACCUAUAGAUCUUCUAUCUGGACCAGUGCUUCAAGUGGUUGGGGACGGGGAUGAAACAGUUGCUACAGAAGUGUUUAGCUGGGGAAGUGGGGUGAAUUAUCAACUGGGGACUGGAAAUGCACACAUUCAAAAGUUGCCAUGCAAAGUUGAUGCACUUCAUGGCUCAUUAAUUAAGUUGAUUUCUGCUGCAAAGUUUCACAGUGUAGCAGUUACUGCUCGAGGAGAAGUUUACACCUGGGGAUUUGGGAGGGGAGGCCGUCUUGGGCACCCUGACUUUGAUAUACAUAGUGGUCAGGCUGCAGUCAUUACUCCAAGACAAGUAAUCUCUGGUUUAGGGUCACGCCGUGUCAAAACUAUAGCUGCGGCCAAACACCAUACUGUUGCUGCUACUCAAAGUGGAGAGGUUUUCACUUGGGGUUCCAAUAGAGAGGGCCAAUUAGGCUAUACGUCUGUUGAUACCCAACCUACGCCCAGGAGAGUUAGUUCUCUUAAAUCAAGAAUAGUUGCAGUUGCUGCGGCAAACAAGCACACUGCUGUAAUCUCUGACUUGGGGGAGGUCUUCACUUGGGGUUGUAACAAAGAGGGACAGCUUGGUUAUGGGACCUCAAAUUCUGCUUCUAACUACUCCCCAAGAUUAGUUGAAUCCUUGAAGGGAAAGGUUCUUAUUUCAGUGGCUGCAGCGAAGUAUCAUACUAUUGUUUUGGGAACUGAUGGUGAGGUAUUCACUUGGGGUCAUCGACUAGUCACCCCCAGGCGUGUUGUUAUUGCUAGAAAUAUAAAAAAAGGUGGGAGCUCUCCUCUCAAGUUUCAUAGAAUGGAGCGACUUCAUGUAGCCUCCAUUGCUGCUGGGGUGACCCACAGUGUAGCUCUAACAGAUGACGGGGCAUUAUUCUUUUGGGUGUCAUCAGACCCUAACCUUAGAUGCCAGCAGUUGCAUUCACUAUGUGGGAGAAAUAUUGUUAGUAUUUCAGCUGGAAAGUAUUGGACAGCUGCUGUUACUGACACUGGUGAUGUUCUUAUGUGGGAUGGAAAAAAAAGAAGAGAUGAACCACCUAUCAUUACUAGAUUGCAUGGUUUGAAAAAGGCAACUUCAGUUUCUGUAGGAGAGACGCAUCUUUUGAUUGUUAGUUCUCUAUAUCAUCCUCUGUAUCCUACUCAAAAAGUUGGAAGUUCUCAGAAGGUCAAUGAAAUGCAUAAGAGUGAAAAAGCGGAUGAGCUAGAUGAGGGAUUUGUGUUUGAUGAUGUGGAGUGCGAAGAUGUUUUGCCAACUGAAGGGAAGGAAGACUUUGUAAAGACAGUUCCAAGCUUAAAGGCACUAUGUGAGAGGGUUGCCAUAGAGCAUUUAUUGGAACCACGAAAUUCUCUACAGUUGCUGGAAAUUGCUGAUUCACUUGGAGCAGAUGACUUGAGGAAGCACUGUGAGGAAAUGGCCCUUCGCAACCUUGACUACAUUCUUGCAGUCUCGACACAGACUUUCACCAACACAUCAUUGGACAUUUUGUUGAGCCUCGAGAAAUUACUGGAUUUGAAGUCAUCUGAACCAUGGAGUCACCGUCGACUUCCAACUCCAACAGCCACUUACCCUGCCAUCAUCAAUAGUGAAGAGGACGAUAGUGAAAAUGAAUUUGUUAGACCACGUGACAGCAGUUUGCGGACACCACCCUUCCAGAAAGAGGGGCCCUUGAGAUUAGACAAUUUUCUGCAGUGUGGCGAUGGAGUGAAGGACGAACUUUCUAAACAGGUUCGGGCUUUGAGAAAGAAGUUGCAGCAGAUUGAGAUGCUGGAGGACAAGUUGUUGAAAGGUCAUUCUCUGGAUGACCAGCAAUUGAAGAAGAUUCAAUCCAGGGGAGCUCUGGAGAGUUCUCUUAAUGAGCUUGGUGUCCCUAUGGAGACGGUACACAGUAAUGCCUCUUCUUCUGCUUCGAUGGAUGGUAGAAGCAGUAAGAAAGGUGCAUCCCGGAAGCAAAGAAGGAAGACCAAGCAGACAGCAGCUGGAGAUGAAGAGUCAUCUGUUGGUUGUGAGGAGAAAGGUCAGCCCGAGUCCGCAGAGAUCAUUGAGGAAGUUGAAACCCCUCAUGCUAAGGAUAAGGAUAAGGCGGCAGAUCUCUUUCGAGAUGAAAUGAAACAAGCAUGUGCUGAUUCUUCUAGGUUCAUUAAAGAUCUUGCAAGCACAGGAGGGAAAAGCGAUUCAUCACCUUCUGCAUCAAAAAAGAAAAAGAACAGAAAAGGAGGUCUCUCUAUGUUCUUGAGUGGCGGUCUUGAUGAUGUUCCCAAAUGUACUGUGCCAUCUCCAGCAGUGGUCAAAAGUGAGGGUCCUGCUUGGGGUGGUGCGAAAAUUUCAAAGGGCUCCUCCUCUCUUCGUGCUAUACAGGAUGAACAGAGCAGAACAAUGGGGAUCAAACCAACCAAGGUUAACAACCUUCCGGAAGAGGUUUCUGAUGGAAACAAUACUACCAAAAUUCGAUUAGGUUCAUUUUUGCACUCUAGUCCAAUUCCUGUUGUUUCUGCUCGGACAAGUCAAGCUUCUGAUGGCGAAAGAAACACACCUCCUUGGGCUGCAUCUGGCACUCCACCUUCUCUUUCUCGUCCAUCUCUCAGGGACAUCCAGGUGCAACAGGGAAAACAGUAUCAAACCCUAGGCAGUCCCACGACACGCACAACUGGUUUUGCUGUAACUGCUGUUCAAGGUUCACCAUCAGACUCUAGUAUGAAUCGCUGGUUUAAGCCGGAGGCUGAUACACCCUCAUCUAUCCGGUCAAUACAAAUUGAAGAGAAGGCAAUAAAAGACCUCAAGCGCUUUUACAGCAGUGUUAAGGUCGUGAGGAACCCAUCAUAA